AUGACACAGUCGACCCUAAAAUCUAAAAGAUUUUCAGCAUGUCAAGCGGCGCCAGCAGACAUUCUGUUUCUACUGGAUUCCUCUGGAAGUGAGGGAUCUGAUAACUUCGAUCUUCAGAAGAAUUUUGUGUCCAAGUUUGUCACAUUUUUGAAUAUCGGACCAUAUGACGCCCAGGUUUCUGUGGGAACAUUCUCCACAAUCGCUAGGAGCUUCAUUCGACUUAACUCCUAUCACGACCAAUACAGCCUUCUGAAUGCCAUUGCGCGGAUACCAUAUACAGCCGGAGGCACAAACACCCAUUUUGCUUUGGAUAUGGCUGAGCAUUACACAUUCACGUCAGAAAAUGGCGACCGCCCUCAAGCUCCAAACAUUGUCUAUAUUCUGACAGACGGACAAUCCUAUAAUAUUUAUCUGACACACCAGGCAGCACAGCAUCUCAAAGGCACUGGGGCUAAGGUGUUUGCUAUUGGAAUCGGACAUGUUUCUACGAGUGAAUUGAUCAACAUUGCAACGGAUCAUGAGCACGUGUUUACUGUUGACAGUUUUUCCGAUCUCCCAUCCAUACAGCACCUAGUGCAGGCAACGUAUUGUGAUGUUAUUAAUGGAACAUUGUGCAUCGACAAGAUUUCGAGUUGUUAUAAGUUUUCAAAGAGCACAUGCUUGGAUCCUUCUUACGUAGCGUGGAUGCAAAUGAACUGCCCUGACUACUGUGGAUUUUGUCAAUUUCACACACAGGUUUCACCAACAAAACAAAUGACAACCAUUCAAACAACUAAAUCAAUUUCAUUUUUACCAAUGACAACAACCACUCUACCUUUAAAUACAAAUAAACCGACAACGUCGACGAUAAAAACAUCAACAUUAAAAGGACCUGUCCCACAACACAUCUCAGAAGGACCAUGCGUCGACAAGAUUUCAAACUGUGCUGCCUAUGGAGACACAGUCUGCACUAACUACAGACUUUGGGCAAUAGAAAACUGUGCUAGAUUCUGUAUAUUUUGUCAUGACAAAAUUACAACACCAACAAUACAAACAUCAAUCAAGACCACGACGACAGCACCUUCAACUACACAGAGAGUUUAUGAUGUCUGUGAGGACAAAAUUGCCAGUUGUGGUACAUAUGGAACAGAUAUCUGUGCCAAAUACACAUCCUGGGCAGCAAUUCAAUGUCCACAGUUCUGUCGGUUUUGCAAACCUUCAACCAACUCAACUAUAAACAACACACUAUCACCAACAUCUGACACGUCUACUUUAACGACAACCUCACUACAAUCUUCUACAACAAAUUUUACGACUACCACAGUCUCAAACAAAACAAGAUCCACGACAGCCACAAAACAAACCACCGCUACCUUGUCGCCAUCUACCUCAGCCUCAACUCAGUACACCACAGAAGCACCACCAUCAACAACCUCGAUACCACCAUCGUCGCCGCUGGAUACAAAGACCUCCCUUCUAUCAACUACUCAAAAUCCCUGCCGAAACGUCAGGAACGACUCAAUAACGGAGCCUGUGACAAGUACUCCAACAAUUACACGGGACUCCAGUGAACAAAGUUCCCAGACAACAUCAAAUCUGAUUGGUAUUACCAGUUCAGUAUAUUCCUCAACAAUCACCUGUGCUAAAACACCGGCUGAUAUUUUAUUCGUGCUUGACGCUUCUACUAGCAUUGGAAUCAAAGACUUUGAAAAAGAGAGGAAUUUUGUGGCAGGCUUCGUGAAUGAUCUAGACAUUGGACCAAAUGAUGUACAAGUUUCUGUUGGGACAUUUUCUGAUAAUGCACGUGGUUACUUUUAUUUACAUACUCAUCAAAACAAGACAGAGCUUUUGAGUGCAAUUCAAAAAAUUCCGUAUGUUUUUGGACAAACACACACACAUCUUGCUUUCCAACUGGCAGAACAGUACAUUUUUACAAACAGAAGCGGAGAUAGACCAUCAGCUACAAACAUCGUUUUCGUUUUAACUGACGGACAAUCCCAGAAUCAUAGUGCUACUUCCUUGGGGGCCCAGAAAUUAAGAGAUGCCGGUGUAAGGAUAUACGCUAUUGGAAUAGGAGGAAACGUUCUGAGAAGUGAACUACUGGAUAUAGCCAGUAAUAGUGGCCACGUGUUUAUGGUGGACAGCUUCGCCAACCUAUCGUCUAUACAUAGCCUUGUGCAGAACACUUACUGUGAAGGGUAUUUAAGCACUAUUGAACCCCCUGUAACAUUCAGCCCGUCAACAUCUCAGAAACUAACUUCAAUGUUGACAUCAAAACCAACCUCCCCAACCAACAGCAAAUCAACAACCACGAUGACGACCCAAUCUACCAUUACAACAUCUACAACUGUUACACCCCAAUCUAAACAAACAACAGCGACAACACCCACAACACAGACGACACUUGUGACUUCAUCGUCUGCAACAACAUCACCAACAACACAGCCUUCGACAAAACCGACGACGGCCUCAUCAACGACAUUGUGA